AUGUUGCCCACCGAGGUAGAAGAUUUGUUGGGUUCGCACGGGGUGGAAUUCUGGACCAGCCCUGCCUCUUACGAUGAAGUCAACGGGAACACGGCACUGGACGAUAAUAACACAGAUCUAAUAUCCCAGGAGCUGGAGGAGGUGCUUUGCUCUGAGCGAAUCGGCAGGAUCACUAAGACCUACCAGGAUAUAGAUGCAGUUACCAACUUGCUAGAAGAGAAGGAGCAUGACCUGGAGUUAGCAGCCCGCAUUGGGCAGUCGUUGCUGAAGCAGAACCGGAGUCUGUCAGAACGCAAUGAACUCUUGGAAGAACAGCUAGAAUUAGCCAAGGAAGAGAUAGCUCAGUUGCGCCAUGAAAUUUCCAUGCGGGAUGACCUCCUCCAUCUCUACACCAACAGCACAGAGGAGAGCGAGCCGACCACUGCCGCCUCCACCCCCUUGCGCAGGAAUGAAUCCGCCCUCUCUCUGCAGCAUUGUUUCCAAUUUGAUGCCUUGCAGCAGAAACUGAAAGGGCUGGAGGAGGAGAACCAGAAACUGCGCACGGAGGUCACCAGCAUCUCCUCAGAAACCUGUCAGUAUGAAGAACAGGAGCAGAAGCUGAUGAUCGAUUGCGUGGAGCAGUUUUCUGAAGCGAGCCGGGAGGUUGUGCUGCUGUCUGAAGAGCUCGCCCGCAAGUCAGAGGAUGCGGCCCGUCAGCAGGAGGAGAUCAGCCAGCUGUUGGCGCAGAUUGUGGAUUUGCAGCAGAAAUGCCGCACGUACGGCUCAGAAGUGGAGGAACUGCAGCAACACCUUGCCGCUGCCAAGGAGGCCCAGCAGAAGUUACGGACAGAGCUCCAGGAUCUACAGGAGAAAUACUCUGAGUGUGGGGCGAUGUUGCAUGAAGCCCAGGAGGAGAUCAAGAGUCUCCGAUGCCGCAGCCUCCCCAACAGCGCCAUCAACCGCCACAGCUCCCCCACCUUCUUGCCCGUGGAUUCCCUGGCUGCAGAGAUCAAGGGUACGAUGAGGAAGGGGACUGACAGCUCUGGUUCUUCAGAGUACAAGAGCUUCCGGAGGGUCUUUGAGACUGUGAAGGCUGUGAACCAGGCAGUGAAAGCCAGAUCGCGAGCAGAGUCACCUCUGAGUCUUCCUUGGAGCUCUUCCAAGCCAUCAUCAGUGGGUUGCAGCCGCUUGAGCACCCCUCGCACUAGCUACUAUGGUUCUGACAGCCCUGUUGCAGGAGGGAUGGAGGGGCAGGACAGCCAGGCUCCUGGAGGCCCCCAUCGUGCCCGCCGAGAUGCGCUUGGGACGCCCUUGGGCACCCCGGGCCAGCAUGACCUGGAAGUUGCCCUCCGCUGCCUGUCUGCCCGCCAAGAGAACCACAGCACAGAGCGCUCGUUUUUCGAUGUGGAGCGAGAGAGUAAGCUCAGGCGCCUGGCCCGCGAGGUUGAGGACUCCAGCGGGCUCCUCACCCCCAAUGAGAGUAUUGCAUCUACCGGCACCAACUAUUCGGGCAGCUCUGGAGGCUCUGGCUUCUCACUGGGCUCCUUUUCUUACUUCCCCGAUAAGCUUCAGAUCAUCAAGCCUCUGGAAGGCUCUAUGACCCUCCACCACUGGCAGCAGCUAGCUCAGCCAAACUUGGCUGGAGUCCUGGACCCUCGGCCUGGUGUGCUCACCAAAGACUUCCGGCAGCUUGACGUAGACCUGGAGGAGGUCUACAACCUUAAUGAUUUGGAGGAAGAUGAUGUGGACAUGAGCUCCAUUCCUGCCCUUGCAACCUCGACUCCUGCCAAAGCCAAGGAGAGACGCAGUGUCUUCCACUCCGUUAACAAUCUGCCCCAGACCCCGCCUACUUUCACCAUCACUACCUGUUGCAUCUUGCACCCUAGCAACGAGGUCACCAUGGUGACACCCAGUCUUUAUAAUACAGUUAUGUCCUCUUGUGGGCCCCGUGCGGGGCUGAGUUCCCCUCCCCCGCUCCCCUUGCAGGAAGAGCCCAGCCACAAACUGCUACAGGAUUCUCCGCUUGGACUGGUGACUCUGCUGGCAGAGCGAGGCAUUUCAGCACAGAGCGCAGCAGGAUUGGCAGUAGCCUUGCCCCGCUUUGCAGGAGCCUCGAGCACCCUGUGUUGGCCGUCUCCUUCCUUGGCUUCAUUGAGGCAUUGCCGUUGGGAUGGCAUGGCUGAACGGGCCUUGGGGCCAACUUCGCUGCGGCAGAGGGAAGCUGGGAAGAGCAGAAACAGUAUCUUCAGUAUGAACCUGGUGGAGAAACUGCAGCGGCUGGGGCUGGACAAGGUGGUAGCCCGAGGGGAAGCCUUGUAUACAACCUCACAUCUGCAAGGGCUUCACCAGAGAUGCCCGUUGUGACUCUGCAGUGAUGCUGUCUUCCACUAGGUGCAGGCAAUGGCCAGCAGGAAGAGGAUGCACUUGAACUGGCUCCUGAGCCAUCGGAUGGUUUGUGGGUGGAUUCUUGGGCGAGCAGUUGGGGGGAUCUUGGAGGGCUCAGUGGGAGGGAUGAGCUCAGUAUCUUCUCUGAGUGCCCCCCUUCCUGUGGAUCAGGAAGGUUGAGGGCUUUUUCUUUACCCAGUGUUUAGCAUGUCUACCCUACAGAUAAACGGCAUGUCUUCCUUCCACUCUCACCUCUGGAACCUUGACAGGGCUGCUCCUCAGGAUGAUGGAGAGGAAGAUACAAAUAAUCCCUUACAGAACUACAAUUCCCAGUUUUGCUGGGAGAAGCUUGGGAGCCAGGAGGCCAUGCUUGUGAAAACUGCUUUUAAACUGACUGGGUAGCAUUUAGAGGCCUCCCCAAGUUUCUGUCUUUGAGUGAUCCUCGCCCCGUCUCCCCCAUGUAUCUGCACAGGACACAAAGCCAUUAGGCGUGGGUGCCACGGGGCUGCGAAGGAAAGGAAGGGGCAGCCUCAGUCAGAAGCAUCUGGGGCAAAGCCUGGCAAAGUCAAGGAAGCUUGGGGUUUGGGGAUCCUUUUUGAAAGGGGGGGGGUAGAUUGAGGAUUAAGGAGCACUGCCCUUUUAAGGCCACACAACCUUGUAGACUCUCCCCCUUGCCUCUUUCUGUUAAAUCCCGUAGGGAACGCACAUUGCCUCUUGGAAGCCCCUUUUGAUGGACUGUAGGACCUCUUGCACUUCAAGACAAUUAGCAGAGCCAAGCAGGGAUGUUGAUGGGAGCGAGGGUGUGUCCAUUUGUUCUUCUGCCACCAGCCUGGAUGUUCUCAGAUUUCCGUGCAUGCUGUAUCGUAUAUCUGAAUCUUGCUCAGGUGUGGUGGUUUCUCCAUUCCCCCAUUUUUGUUCUAAAAGGUUCAGUUCCAGUUUUGAGGAAAGAUGGUGAAGAACGCUGACCAGGUUCCGGUGGAACCUUUAAACCGUUCCUCUCUUUUUCCAGUUCUUCAGGAUCAUUUAGUAUCACUUUUCAUUUUGAUUAUUUACAAUGCAAUCCUCAGCAGGGUUUGCAACCCAAGUCCAUGAAAGUCAGUGAGCUGAGAUGUGUGUUGUACUGCUUAGUAUUGCACUGAGAUUUAUCCAGAGUUGGUUGCAUCCUGAAAUCUCUUUUGUCUGUCAUCCUCCCAACCUACUGAUGAUUUUUUAAUGUUUGGUAGCUGUACCCAUUUAAUCUCUGCGCGUUGGUAUUUUUGUUGAUGCUGGGAUUAGGUCAUGUCCUUGUUCUCUCAUCAACUUGGGUGCUCUUAUACUAGAGCAAAAACAGCCAAUUUAUAUGGCUGGGAUUUAUUUUUGGUAAAAGAUUCCUGUAUCUUCUCAUUUACCAAUGUUAAUGUAAUGCACACACCUUCCUGGGAAGGGCCUGCUGAAAUAUUUCACAAUCCUGUGUGUGUUUUGCACAGAAGCUGUUUGCACACCUGCUUGCAAAACCAGGCCUCCUUUCCCCCAUUGCUUGAUCUGCUCACUUGUGCCGACACCUCUGCAUUACUCGUUCUUUUCCUGUGUCUCUAUUGGUAAAAUAAACAGUGUUGUUGCCGUGGCUCUAACAUCUGUCUGCUGUACUCUUAUUUUGCCUUUAUACCAUUGCUUUGCCGUUUUUGUGCCUUGUGCUUUCCUGCACCAUACUGGGCCAGUUCUUGUUAUCAGUGGAGUUGCAUAGUAAGACUGUACCACUUCAGGCUGCAAGGAUAAAUGGGAGUGGGAGGGAAAUGCUUAUAGCUUCACUGAAACUGUAGCUACAGUUUUCUAAUAAGCAUAUAUGGCAACCUGAUACAAAAGAAAAUGAACAGGACAGCACAAGUUUCAAGCAGGCAGAGCCUUCCCCUUACACAUUAGCUCUUCUUCUGGAAGAUUGCUUCUUCCAGCAACCCUCUCUUCACUCAUAACUCUUUUUGAAACAAAAAUUAAUUAUAAAUGUAUCGUAUGUGGGUAUGAAACAGUGCUUUGAAUCAUCUAAUCAACUAGAGCAAAACCCUUGGAUCACUUUGAAAAGAUGUCCCUGAUUUUUUUUUAAAAAAAAAUCCAAAUGUUUAACAAGUAGUAAAUGGCGGAAGAGGUAUUCCUUUGUUUCUCAUGCACUGCCAGGAAUGCUUCUCCUAAGGUGGUGCAAGUUGUGUGCAUAUGAAAAUUGAAAAAACUCUGGGAUGGGCAGGAGAAGAUUUUGCCCUCUUUUCUCCCUGUUCAGCAUGAACUAAUUGGAUUUGAUAAGCUGAAUGGGAUGCUGAACUUGGGGGUGGGGGGCGCUGAAGAAUUUAACAGUAAAAAACCAACAGACAGAAAAGAGGAAGUAUCCUGAGACUAGGCAGGAAAUUCAGUAGGGGUUGUAAUGCAUUAUUUUUGACAGGCGGGGUUUGGAUGCUGUUCCUUGAUAAAAAAAAAAAUUGUUAACAACUGCCUAGUUAUUGUCUGUAAGUAUGAAAUGCUAAAAACUGUUGCAAUAAUUCAGCAUCGUGUACCGUCCAGCUCUGAUAACUGUCAGCUAUCAGACUUGAGU